CUGCCCUUCACGAACAUGAUGAGGAUGUUGAAAGGAAUAUCUCCUGUUUGCUUACUGGUUGUCUGCUCUUUCAUCGCUCAAGUUUUCCCUCUGUCAUCUACAGUAUAUCCUAUGAGCAGGAAAGAACAUGUUGAAGUACCUGAAAAUUAUGGUGGUUCACUCCCUCUGUAUCUGAAGAAGGUUAACCUUGCUGUUGAUGGUCAGGCAAACAUUCAGUUGGUUGGAAAUGAAGAAGGACUAUUUGGAAUAGAGCCAGAGUCUGGGAUUCUGUAUGUGACCAGACCCCUGGACCGGGAGAAACAAGCUUUCUACACUCUUCAGGUAAUUGCAAAAGAUGAAGACGAGCAGCCAGUGUCUGAUCCCGUAACCAUAACGAUCACAGUCAAAGAUGAAAAUGACAACAUGCCAGUCCUGACAGAGGAGGUAUUUUCCGGGAUUCUCAGCAAAGGGACAAAGCAAGGAACAUCUUUCGUGCAUGUGAGUGCCAUUGACUUGGAUGACCCUUCCACGCCAAAUGCCAAUUUACAGUAUAAAAUACUCACUCAAACUCCACGCCAACCCUCAGAGAACAUGUUCGAAAUAAACUCGAGGACAGGAGCUGUUUUUUUAUCCGCAGAAGGUAGCUCUUUAUUAAACUCAUCUGAGGUCAGCAAUUAUCAACUAAUUGUGCAAGUCAAAGAUCUGGGGAAUCAGUCUCUGGGGUAUCGUGCCCUAGCAACAGUGGAAAUUACAAUUGUGGAGAACACUUGGAUAGCCCCAAGUCCUGUCCUCCUUCAAGAAAACCUGAAUGUGACCUAUCCAAAAAUCAUUUCACAGGUUCGCUGGAAUAGCAGAGAAGUCCAUUACUCUCUGAAAAAGAAUUUCCCUCAGGGUCUUUUUUCAAUUGACCCAGCAGGAAACAUCUAUGUGACACAAGAGCUAGACAGAGAAAGUCAAGCAGAGUAUGAGAUUCAAGUUUUUGCUGAGAACCAGGAUGGCAUGCUGUACAGUGAUCCACUACUGCUGCUGCUAACAGUGCUGGAUGAGAAUGACAACAUGCCAGUCUUCACCCAGGAUGUUUAUCAGGUAGCAAUUGAAGAGAACACAGCCAAAGGGAGUGAGAUCAUCACAGUCAAGGCAGAAGAUAUUGAUGACCCAAAUACUAACAAUGCAAAAAUUGUAUAUGAAAUAUUAAGCCAGAAGCCUCAAGCAUCAACUGGCUUUUCAUUUCAUAUUGGCAAUGAAACUGGAAUAGUAACACUUCAGGACUCUGCCCUGAACGCCAGUGCUGUGAAGCAGUACCAUCUCCUUGUUCUAGUGGCAGACCUUGUUGGGCACGAGGGCGGUCUCAACAGCACUUGCACUGUGUUUAUUACCAUUCUGGAUGUAAAUGACAAUCCUCCUGUGUUCUCCCAGACAAAGUAUGGACCAUUCCCUUUCCCUGAGGACACAGAAGUAGGUACACUAAUAACAACUAUAACUGCAACCGAUGAGGAUGAAGAGAAGAGAUUCAAGUCCAUAGUUUUUGCUGUGGAAUCAGGAAAUGAAGACAGGACCUUCAGAAUUGUAAAUGAACCCCCAAAUGGCACAGUCAGCAUCUGGCUUGAACAGGAACUGGACUAUGAGACUGUUCAGGAGUACCUUCUUAUUGUGUCAGCAAGAAACGAGGAGAAGUUGGUUGGGAAAGAGCUGGAUGCCAGCUCUACGGCUACAGUGCAUAUAUUGGUUAAAGAUGUAAAUGAAGCACCAGUACUUACAAAGAAAAAAUAUGAGGUCAGCAUACUAGAAAAUGUAGAGCCAGGAACACUACUACUGACCGUGAAGGCUGCUGAUCCUGACAUAUUUAAUGCACCAUCAUUAAGCUACUCCCUAAGAAAUGAUACAUUGAACUGGUUUUCUAUUGAUGAGUAUUCUGGAGAGGUUAAAGUUAUGAAGGUUUUGGACAGAGAGACUGUGAAGGACAUUUACUUGAUGCAGGUUGUAGUUCAGGACAAAGCCAGCCCGUCAAUGACAGUCUCCACUGAUAUAGUGAUCCACAUCUUGGAUGUCAACGACAACCCUCCAUAUCUAGUAGGAGACUACUCUGCCUCAUAUCUCUGCACACCGCAGAGGGAAAAGCAGUCCAUCAUUAUCAGUGCAUUUGACCAGGAUGGGGCAGAAAAUAGCAUUCCUUUUAGUUUUUCACUUGCCAAUGACCCAACGCAUCAGAGAAACUGGAGGAUCAACAUAAUUAAUGAUACUCAUGCUUAUCUCAUCAUGGGAAUUAGCUGGUUGGAACCCAAAUUGCAUCUUGUUCCUAUUAUCCUGAAAGAUAGUGGAAUUCCAUCUCAAACCCAACAUGUUCACCUACCAGUUACUAUUUGCUUAUGUACAACUGAAGGACAGUGCAUGCAAGAAGUUGGAAGAAUGGAAGGAAGGCCCACAGUGUUAUCUGCAGUGAGCAUUAUCGUUGGUACCAUUGGAGCUAUCGGUAUCUUUUUGCUCAUAAUCUUUGUUCAUUUGUCCCUCUUGGGAGCUAAUAAAAAGAAGACAAACAAAGCGUGUGACAUGAUGCCUUUACAGUCCACAGCGUGACACAGCAAAAUGAUGGGCCAGCUUAUUUUACAGAACACUUGUGAAUGGAUAGGUCAGCCAAACCCUGUGUCAAAUUACCUUCAAUAUGGUGCAGUCUUUGUGAUUAGGACACAAGCACUGUGAAAGCUGAACACCUGUAGUAACUUAAAUGUCAUGUCUCUGACUUGGAAAACCUCCUUUAGCUAAGAAAGCAAACAUUAGUAAUACUUGUUGUUUUGGUCACUGUAAGAAGGUUUCUGAGUUUGCCUGGCAAAGUGAAUUAGGGACAAAGAGACAAGACCACAGUCCCAAGACCUCCGGAUCUGUCUCAUCUUCAGUAGCAGAAAUAUGAUUCAUUCUUCUCUUUAAUGGCCUGAUUCUGAAGAGUGCUGAAUAUACUUAGCUGCCAUUAAAAUCAGUGGGAAUUAAAGGUGUUCAGUGCCUAGCAGGACUGGGCCCAAAUUAAAGGUUCCAACCACUCCUAUUCAAGUCAAUAGUAAAAUUCCUCUUGACUAGUAUAAGAGAAGGAACCACCUUAAGUGGAGUAAGUGAAGAAAGAGAACAGCAAAGGUACAGGUUAGUCUGGUCUCCAUGGCAGCCUUCCUAAUGAGGGAGAACGUGUUCUCCCCUUUCUUUAGGUAGGGUGCUCAUUAUGAGAAAAGAGCCCGGUGCCCCUGGUGAGAUAAGUAGUGCUGCCUUGCCUGACAGUAUAAUAGAAUGUCCCGAUCACAUUGUCUAUGUUCAAGUCACUGCCUUUCGCCAUUGUAUGACUGAACUUUUAAACAAUAAUUAUUGCUGAAAAACAAGUUGCAGUUAUUUUACAUCCCUGUUUAUUCUAAUGUAUAACAUUGUCUUCUCCUUGGCCCCGUGGAAGCUGCAGCUUCUUGUUAUUAACUGACUCAUCAGAAAUCCAAAAAGAAAGUGGAGGUACUUUUCAGAGCUUCCCAUCUACUGGCCUCUUUCAGCACUAUGGAAAAAUACCCUUGUGUUCCUUCUGCUACAUAGCUUACUGCAAGUAAAAAAUGAUUACUUUUGCUUAAAAGGUAGUUAAGAAUUGUAGAUUUCUGGGAAGCUGUUAGUCAUUUUCUACCUCCUGUGAAAUUUCACAGGCAUUAAGCGAUUCAGUGGCUUAAAUAGUGAUUCCAGCUUGUAAACGUUAUAGUUCUAUAAACUGCAUGACUCUGAGAGUUUAUUAAAUAUAAUUAUUAAAUGACCCUUUUGUUCUCUCUGUUACAAUAAAUAAUCUGUAGACUAGAUUCUGCUCACUGCAUUGUUUCUACUUGACUCUAUAUUGUAUUCAAAGCAUGUUAGAAAAUAAAUAUGACAAGAAAUUAAAGUAAUGACAUAAAUGCCCAGGUUAGAUCUCUGCUAGUCAAUAAAAUUUGUGCAAGAGGA